GUUGAGCCAGACAUACUGCGCUCGGCGAGUGAGGCGGAUGUUGUGGCCGAGCUCGAGCCGAGGGACAGCUUCGGUGAGUUGUCUUUGAUUUACAACACCUUCCGCGAGGCGACCUUCAAGGCAGUGGAAGAUUCCGAGGUCUACGUAAUUUCUCGGAAGCAUUUCAAAGCUCAUUUCAAUCGGCGCGGGCCUCGAUUCAAGGAUUAUUGCGCGUUGCUCGACGAGGUGCCUGCUCUUUGGCCUCUGCUCCGUGCAGAACGCUGGGAGCUGGCGUGCAACGCGCUCGGCCUUUUUUCUUUCAGGCCUGGUGAGCGGAUCAUCCAUCAGGGGCUACAGCGGAAGUCGGCGCUUUGGUACAUCGUCUUUUCAGGCAGCUGCGUUGUGUCAGCCAGUCACACAGGGCCCGACGGGCAGGAGACCACGGAGGUGAUCUCCACGCUCCGGCGGCCAGGCCACUUUGGCGAGCGCUCUCUUCUCCGAGGUGGUGAACAUGCCAUCCCAGAGGUUAGCGUCGAUGCCGGCAAGGAGGGCCUGGUGUGUCUCGCCUUCGAGGGUCAGGCCAUCCGCGUGUUGCUCGAAGAGCUUUCUAUCCAAGGGGCUUUCGGGGACGGGGCGGAGGCACUGCUGCCCAACGUGAACAGCCUGAGCUCUACUGAGUACGAAUUAGCCAAACUUGGGCGCAUGCGCCGUCAGCGUGUCCAAACCGAGGAGAUUGACAUGAUGAGCCUCAACAAGGUGUGCCAUCUGGGCCGCGGCGGCUUUGCCGACGUCUACUUGAUGGAGGACAAUGUGUCUCAAAAGAGGUAUGCGAUGAAAUGCAUCUCAAAGGGGCAUGUGGAGAAAUUCGAGGCAGUGCGACAGGUCUGCUGGGAGCGAGAGAUGCUGAUGACGGUUGACAGCCCCUUCGUGAUUCGUUUGGUCCGCACGCACAAGGAUGCUGAGUUCUUGUAUAUUUUGCUGGAGGCAGCGCUGGGAGGAACUCUCUACAAGUUGAUGAGACAGAAACCCGAGGUGUUCUGUGACGAUGAGCCGAGGGGCAGUUCAUCAGCCUUCUUCGUCGGCUGCAUCAUUGCAGCGCUCGAGCACUUGCAUGACAGGCGCAUUGUGUACCGUGACCUGAAGCCCGAGAAUGUCCUGCUAGAUGAGCACGGCUAUGCGAAGCUUUGCGACAUGGGGUUUGCUCGUUUCGUCAUUUCCAAAACGAAUACGCUGGCGGGUACUCCCGAGUACAUGGCUCCAGAGGUCAUCGACUUCCCACAUGCUCAUGACGUGACCUGUGAUUGGUGGUCAUUGGGCGUGCUAACCUUCGAGCUGAAUGCUGGCCAGCCUCCCUGGGAGGACGAGGGCGUUGCCGACCUCUUCGGGAAGUUGUUGGCCAUCCGGCGCAGCCAGGAGAAGGGCGAUCCUCGGUAUCCCUUCAGCUGUCCCCUGCCUGUGCGAAACUUCAUCUCCAAGCUACUGACGAAGCUCCCUCACCGUCUCGGUGCGCGCAAGGGUGCACGGGAACUACGGGAGCAUUUCUUUUUCAAGAAAUUGUCCUUCGACUUUCAGGCUUUGAAGGCCCAAACUCUGCCGCCACCUCUCGCACGGCCUUUCCAGCAGAGGGAGUACGCAAUGUGUGGCAUGGAGGACCUCUCAGGCGAGCUCCUGAAAAACUCCGAGCUCUUCAAGCCUGUGCAAGGGGCUUGCAUGUGGGAUGCAGACUUCUGA